ACGAAAUAUGGAAGUUGUCAGUGAAGUAAUUGUGUAGAUUUGUGGUGUGGUGCUGGUUGAAUACGGCGUAAACAUUUAACAUUUUAAUAUUGUGAAUCUUCUUUUCCUAUUGGCUGGUGUCAUUGGAUAUUUCGUACAAACUGUAAUUUUUUUUCGUACGCAAUUCUUACAUCUAUAUAACAAAUAUAUAUAUAAUUAAAGUUAAGUGACUGUUUUCCAUGUUUGUUUAAUAGGCCACAAAACAAAUAACGUAUAGAAUCUGCAGUACAGUUAAUCGUAAAGUAUUAAUUUGUAUAUCACCAAAUACACCAGAGCUUAUAACAAGAGCUGUGAAGGCGACCAGACAGAUUAAACAGACUUACCCUACUAGUACUGCUAUAAUCCAGUUGUUAUAAACAUGGACAAAACUAAGGAGUGGGAGCUGGAAAUGCUGAUGGAAAAACUAAGAGCGAAGACUGGGCAGUUUAAAAGUUUUUACGAGAGUGCCAAAGCGCUUCGGAUGGCAUUAUUGGAGAAGCGCUACCCUGUGGACAGCGUCGAGCGUUCACAGCUACACAAGUGCCUGGACACGUUACAACACAACAUUAAGGUGACAACAGUCCAGGCUAUGGUGGAGAGGCUGGAGAGUGUUUCUAGACAGUUAGGGCUCAAGUUUGUGGCUGGACCAUCAGGUCUGGACUUCUUCAUCUCUACGGACAUGUUCUACCUGGAGCUAGUUCUGGAGCCUUCCGGAGGAGUCAAGGACGUGAAGGUCCACCAUGAGGGCAAAGUGGAGCAGCCACAGAGCUGUGAGGAGUUGGUGGCUUGUCUGAGUCGAAGAGAUUUCUCCGAUUUCACUGCACAGUUGGAGGGACUAGCAUCCAUCUACCAACUUAACGCUGAGAAAAAGGUGAAAUGUAAAGCUUAUGCAGCAUUGACAUCACUAGAAACAGAUCUGCAGACGUUGGCAUCUCUACAGUCUUAUAUAAAAGAGCCCUACAAUUUAGUCCAUAAGAGUCCUGUCGGUAUUCUCCAUAAGCGCAGAGGGGGUCACUGUAUGAAGCUGGUGUACUUUGUCAGCCAGUACGACCUGUUAGAUCCUGUCAACAAGGUGACCAGGCCUCUGACUGAGAGUCUAGAAGUGGGUCACAGCGUCACCGUGUGUAUGGAGGGUUCGUCCGCCCACAAGCUGCAGACCAGCACCCUCGUGUCCAUCAACCGCUCAACUAAAAUAUGUACGCCCGUGUAUGCUCCCCUGACUAGCCAGAACAGCGCCAGCCUGCCAGCCUGUUUUGUGCUGAAACUGCACCAACCCAUGCCGGUUUGUCUGGCGCUGGUACACCGAAUACAGAGUGUGACAGAGAUAGAGUGUGGAGACCUCAGCAACCCCUCUCCCUUGCUGAGCCUCAUCACGCAGCACGUGUCCCAGGGCAAGCUGGACACCAGGGGACUGUUAGUGAACCUGCCGGACCAACAGCAUUGCUACUUCAUGACCGACAGUCCCCAGCUGGACGCGGUGCUGAUCCACAAUAUCCCCUUCAGCCUGCCUCAGCACGUGCCUCAGAUCCUGAGCUUGCUGCGUCAACAGGCACUGUUCAACUCCGUAGUCAGCAGCUGUAUCAGAAUGAACACCAGACACGGGAUUGUGGCCAAGACUGUGAAGCAGGAGGAUCCGUUUUUGUCAUGGCUGAGACAGAGUGUGUCUCUGGAACACCCACUGGAAGAGUGUAGAGACAAGACUGCGAUGCUGGAAGAGCCGGCUUUGUCAUGGCAGCUACCGCGUGGGCCUCUGGAUCAUCUGCUGGAAGAGUCUAGAGACCUGGACAAGACUGUGAUGUUAGAGGUGUCAGCUCUGUCAUGGCAACGACUGAGUGUGUCUCUGGAACACCCGCUGGAAGAGAGCAUGGCCACGGUGGAGCUGGACUUGUCUGAUAUCACGCAACCCACUUGCAAGAUAUAUACAGCGGCCGGGGACACCAGUCCGGACUAUGCCACCAAGGUGUUUCAGAGAUGCUUGUCGAUACCAGUCACGAUGAGAGCAUUGAUCAAAUGUUGGCAGCGAGAGGGUUCCGGAAUGAAGGAAGCAUCGGAUAGCUCCAACAACGGGCCAAUGGGAGGUUUGGGGGGUUUGCCGGGGGGCGGCAUGGGGGGGGACCCUGACAUCAUCAUCAAACAGGAACCAGGUGGUGGUGGCUUGGACCCCCCCUUUGAACCGUUCUCAGGACCUGAUGGUGGCUGCCCCCCGGGCCUUCAGUUGGCCGACGACAAGAGCCUGAUAAACCUGCUCAGUGAGACCAAACAAGGGAAGAAGCGGAAGAGAGAGUCAUCGAAGAAGAAACAAGCGGACGAUUGUGACAACAUAAUUGUGGACAGUUCGAGUGACGAGUCCAUUCUCUCAAAAGAUUUGGAUUUUGAUUUGGAUCUCAUCGAGAAGAAGAAAUCACCACCGUCGAUUCUGUUAGACUUGGAGAACAAAAAUCUAGUGCCACCCUCUGUGAGCAUAACACCAAUCACCUGUAGUUCAAUGAUAUCUCCUACACAGAGUAUUAACUCUGUUCUUGAGAGGAGGCCUGGGAUCGAGAUCAUCCCUUUAGUGCAGACCUCUUUACCGAGUUCCAUCACGAUUACACCGAUCAGUAGCAAAGAGGAUCGGUCGAGGAAAAGUGGCAAAAGCAGCAAAAGUGAGGACAAGUCUAGAACUGAGAAGAAGAGGAAAAGGAGGAAGGAGGACUCUGGAAUGGGACCACCAGAUAAACUGCCGCUGAAACAAGAUCCAUUAACAAAACCGGUAACUGUGUCUAUAAAACCGACUGAUUGUGGAUCACCCAGCCGUCCGCCGUCCCCAAACUCCAAUCUUCGGAAAUACAGCAGUUCACCAACACCUUUGUCACUUGUAAGUAGUAAAGGAAGUCCUAAGUCUGUUAAACACAGUCCUAAACAUUCCCCCAGUCCAGCGUACUCUGUGUCCAGCCCAAAGAGUAGUCCUAAACACGGUACCUCAUCCCCCAAACACCAAGGUAGUUCAGGGAAACCUAGUAUGUCUGCUCUAAAGUCCGCAGUUAGUUCUCCAAAGUCAGAAUCUUCAGGAAAAAAGUCCUCAAGUAGUAAAGAAUCGAGUAGGGACAAAGAUAGAAAGUCAGGUAGUUCUGGCCAUCAGAGCCCUAAAUUAAAGUCAUCCAGUGUGAAAUUAAAGCAGCUGGACCUGUCGAAUACUGAAUUGACGGUAACAACUCAGAGCGGGGGCUCGACACCUCCCUCUGGUUGUGGAGCAGACAGUAAGAGUCAACCCAUGGUCAGGAAUAGGAAAGGUUCUCUAUCAGCUAUCGUUGACAAGCUUAAGUCUGCACAGCACUGUGGGGAGCCCGGAGUGGAGGGGAAUGGUAAAUCCGGGGGAGUAAAAGACAGAAGCGGAGCGACACUAGGGAAAACUGGGGAUAAAAGUGGGGUAGGAAGUAACAAACCCGGUGAGAGCAAAAAUCCAGGGGAAUACAUGGUGAAGCCUAGCUCAGACGGUAUGAAAAUAACCAUAAAUAAAACAAGGACGAAAGAUCCAAACAAAUCAGGGAAGUCUUCGAGUUCAGGGUCGGGAGUGAGCAGUUCAGGCAGUGGUUCUCCAAAGACACAUACAGGUUUAAAACCGGGAGUCAACAGUGGUCCUGCUUCCAAGAAACCACAACAAACUCCUUCAGUCAAAACUACAUCAACAAAGACAAGCAGUAAAAUACUAGGAGCGUCUAAAAGUUCUUCGAGCAGUGUGAGGUCUAUAAAGUCAAGUGGCAGUAGAGACAGCAGGCCGAGAUCUACCAAGCCCGGAGAUAAGUCAAUCUUCAGCUCAUCGAAGAGUGAGGCAAGGAAGCUAAGUCCUACUUCACACAGAGAGGAUGCUGACUCUUACAAGCUACUGAGCACACCCCCAACUAUCUCCCCAGAGCUAGUGGUCCAGGGUUUCAUGAAACAGUUAGACACAAAGUUCCAAAUACCUAAAUUGUCUCAAAGAACUUCAAAUGUGGACGAUAACAUGAAGAAAGACAAAUUCGAUGGAAGCAAGGUUUUGGAUCAAAACAAAUUCAUGGAUUUGUCCAUGAAGGCAGAUUCCAAAUAUCCACUGGUAUCUAAAUUAGACGAUUUGAUGGGUGAAUCUAAACAGAUAUCACCUUCUCAAAGUGUGAAAUCCUUGGAGAUUGAUAUUUCAGACGAAUGUCCUGUACUUGAGUCAGCGGUAUCAUCUGCCAAGGAUGACAUACUGAGCAGUCUAAAAAUAGAACUCCCGAUUGGAUCCAUGUCAUUUGCCUCUGAUGAACCAUCGCCUGAAGUCUCUGAACCGAUACGGCCACCUGACCCUCCCAAAACAAUGCCGACACCUCAAGAAGCUGCUGAAAUCCUUCUGGAUUUUUCAACUCUCCCGACCAAAUCAAUUCUACCAGAAAAGCUGAUGUCAGUUCCAGAAAGAGUAUUGGGUUCAGUGUUACCGUUGAGGAAGAACACUCCCCCACCCCUCCCUCCGCCGGCAUUCCCUGCUUCCCCAUCUGUAUCGGUUCACAUUGUCAAGUCCCCUGCACCCUCCCCCCUAGUCAUCCCCUCCCCACACUCUGCCUCCCCAUGUAUCACUGAUGAUGAACUUAUGGACGAGGCACUGGUGGGGAUCGGUAAAUAGCAACUACGUCUCGGAACAGUCAUUGUCAUGUAGAUACGUUUAUCGUGCUGUAAAUUUUAUAUUGCCAAAUAAACGUUUAAUAUAUAUUUAUAUUAGUAUAAGAUGAAUAUAUAUAUUUGUACAGUAUUAUUUAGUGGUUUUCACAAAUGAUAGAAUACAUACUCUAUAUUAUAUUUUUUCUAAUCACACGAUGAUGGUUUUAAGUUUUGUUUUUAAUUGGUAUUAUUGUUUUUGUUUUAUUAAUUUAUAUGUUAUUAUUUUAUUCAGUUUUAUAUUGAAGUAUGUGAUAGAUUCUCUUGCCACUAAUCAAAUUACGGAUUGUAAAUCGUUCAGAGGAAUAAUUUGUCUAACUUAAUAAAGUUAAAGGCAAUUUAAAUCUGAUGCAAACUUUGGUGGCUUUUUAAAAGCCAUAAAAUAAACUUUUUAUACAAUAAAAGUACAAAAUAAAUUAGUUUAAUUUUAUUUAUUAUUGUAUAGGUUAUGUUAAAGUAGAAUCAAAAUAAUGCAAAAUAAAUAUUCAACUCUCUUAGUGCUCUGGCCUGUUUGAACCAUUUAUUUUUUAAAUUCAUUUGAAGUAUACCUUCAUUGUUAUAAUAUGUAUACUAAUAGUAUUUUGUGUGAUUACUUUUAGUUGCAUUUAUAUUAAAGUAUAACAAUUGUACACUGACAUUAAUAUUUUUGUAUUCAUUAUUAUUAUGUCAAAAUGACUAUUAAUGAACGAAAAUGGUUAUACCUUAUUUCCAUCACUUUGAUUCUAGUUAUUCCUAUAUAGUAUAUCUAAUUUUAGGCAUGCAUAGGCCUUAUCAGGCCUACAGAAAAUGUUAAUAAUUGUUGAUUUAACAUGGGCCUGUUACUUUUUAUAAAUUAAUGUUGUACAUGAUUCUGUUCUAAUAUACUCCUGGUCUAGUCCUUUAGAAAUGUUAUUUAAGAUUAAAUUGAUAAGUGAUUGUAAAUUUAUAUGCAGCACAGUUUUUUUAAUGAUGUCAAUGGAUAUCUGUGAUGUCAGAGUAGUGAAUAUGUUUAGAUAAUUUAUAGGGAAAUAAAUGAAAAUCACGCUAAAGCCAUUUGUAUUUUAUGAAUAUAUGGUAUAGCCUAAUACUGUUUGUAUUAAGAGUGUAAAUACUACAAGGUAAACAGCUAAAUGUAUAUUUUUUAUUUGUAACCCUUUGGCUGUUCACAAAAAAAUAAACACAAUACCCGAAACUGUUCAGCUCAAGCUGUUGACUUUUUUGCAGUGUUUUUACUUAAAAUUUGUAACUUCUUAUAGAUCAUAGAAGCGUGAUAUUUGCUUGAAUUGGCCUUGUUCCUCAGGUAAUAAAAUUGUCUUUCAGAGAAAAAUAUCUUCAAGAAUAUAAAAGAUUUACAUUUUUUAAUAUGUUUAUCAUUUUAUAAUUUUUAAUUUGUAGUUAUACAACAUAUUUGAUUUAUUUUUUUUAUUGCUAGUUGAACAUCUAAAAAGUAAAUAUAAUUAAGAACAGAUCCUGAAAAUUAAUCGCAAUGUACACAAGAAACUGAAUAAAGUCACUCCACUGCCAUAGCAACUGAGUGCGCACCAUGGCCAUCCAAAUCACCACAUUGUUUUUACGCUCAACCCUGUAUGAAAACAUAAAGGAAAGUACAAAAUUACGAAGGAAAUUUAUUUAUUGAAUAUAUAUCUAUAUAUGGUAUAUAGAUGCGUUAGUUUCAUGAAAAAAUAACGUUACAGAAAAGUAAUUUGCAACAACAAAAUAUUAUUGUAUAGCAGUUUUCAAUACAUUGUUGUGAAAUAGUUUUCGGAAAACACAUGCACAAUAUAUUGUUGUAAUACAGCCAAAGGGUUAUGGCCGAAACCGAUUAUUUUACAGUUGUUUUUUAUCUGGCCAUGAUUAAGAAAUACUUUGUGUUAAAAAGGCUCCCUGUGGGUUAUUAAAUGUAAGUUGCUGAAGUCAUGACAUCUAGCAUGUGGGGGCAUGUGUCGAAACGUCGUAAUGAUUUAUGAAUGAUUUUCUAUGAAUCUGACAGGGCCUUAAACAAAUCCUAUAAAAAAAUUACAUCUAUCGUGAAUGUGCAACUGUUCAAGUAAAUAUUCCAUACAAACAUGCAAGAUCGAAUAAAUAGUAAAAAAAACCUUUGUUCACAAGAACGUUUUUACUCACUGUUUUCUAAGAAAUUUUCUCCACAAUCUGUGAACUCACUAUGGAAUUAUCCUGUACAUUAUGGAGUAGUAUUAAAAUCCUCCAAUUUUUAUAACGUUCACUUUGAUUAACCAUUCUAGUGAAGUAGUAGACAAUAUACGGUUGAUCCAUUCUGUAGAGCCUUAGGUUAGGUAUCUAAAAUGUUCUAUACUUUUAAAUAUUUGAACAGUAUCAUCUAAUUAUUUCAUCAAGUGAAAUUAAAUUUAAGUAGUCUUUCCGGAUUAGUCGGAAGAAUUAGGUAAAAAUCACAAACAUCUGAAAUAUUAUUAAUUUAUUCUCAUGGGCUGUACGUGUAAUAAAAAUCUCAAAAACCAUUUGAGAUACAAAAGAAUUGUUAAUUACAAAGUGUUAAGUAUUCCAGAACACUGUUUGUUUUUUUCUCUGAAUUUGUAAAUAAUGGAGUUGUGAUUUUUUGUUUCAACAGUCUUAUUGAAAUUAAAUAGUAUAUCAAAAUUAAUGAAAAACGGUCCAAGUUAAGAAGCAAACGUAAUAAGUAAAAUUAAACAGGCAUUAAAAUAUAAUGUUCCUUUGAUUUUUUUUAUGUUUAAAAUUUUAAAAAUGUACCUAAAAAUGAAUUGUCCUAAAAAUUGUUUUGACAUAACUGCAAUUUUACAUUGUGUUGGGAAAAAAGUUAAUAACUUGAUAUCGGUUUGAGGUAUUGUUUUGCCUAAACCACCUGAAUGAAAUUUAUUUCUGUAGAUAUAAAGUACUAAGUUACUACUAGUCAUUAAGGGCUAAACAAAAAUAAAAUAAAAUUUACGAGAAAUGUAACUGUCCCAAGUCACUUUGUCACUUUAAUUUUUGUUCUUUUCAUAUAAAAUUUUAUGUAAAAGCCCACAACUGCUUUACCAAAUAAGUAUAUUCACUGGAUAAUGUUUCAGCGACUGUAGAUCUUUUUGUAAUUCUUUAUUGAUGAUAUCUCAAUGUCUGGAAUAAAAUAAGUUGAUUUAUUUUUCUAAUGGAAUAGUUUUAUUGUUGGAGCAACUAUGAUUUAGAUUGUAGUCUCGUAUCCAGUCUUGCUAGGCUGAACUGUCUAAAUGAAAGGGACGAUUUUACUUGCGUAAACAUUUGUCUAAAGAUACUCAGGAUGAAAGAGUAUUCUCUUUCUAUAGUUUGUAGUAUGUACAUAGACAACUGUUUGUAGAUCUAUUGAACCAAAUGGCCAGAUAUCUUAAAGUCCUUUUUUAGAGCCGGCUGUAGUAAAUUGACAUUUGAGUUUUUCCACCAAGAAAAAGGUGAGAUAUUUUUUCCUGAAUAACGCACAAGAAAGAAAAACUAAAAAAAAGCAUUUGGAUUUGUAUUAAUUAUGGCUGUAAAAUAAGACAUCAAGAAUUCUACAAUUAAAAAGGGAGUAUACUACAAGGAGAUGCCUUUUUUCUUGGAGAAAAACUCAAAGGUCACUUUACUUAAGUAUGACGUACUACUAUAUUUAUUAUAAAAAUACCAACCAUUUGAGUAGAUAUUUUAUAACACAGAUGUUGGUUAUUACCGUUGUACAGUAUUAUGUAAUACAGUCUUGUUAUGUAGUGAAUAGUUACUUUAAAUUGUUAAAACGUGCAGGGAAAGAACGUGAACUGGUGUUGAUCAUCAGUUUUCUAUCGGAAAUUCAUCAGACUCUCAGAUAGGUUUUGAAGUCCUUCAUGAUUUUUUUUGAAUGGAAUUCAAUGUUGUAAAUAAGAUUGAAAAUGAAGGUGAUAACUAAGUGGAUAGUGAAGUGCAAUAUGUCUGACUUUUAUCGCAGUUUGUUUUGUUUUUUACUGAGGUUUAGCAAAGCCUAUCAUUCAUGGGGUUGGAAAAAUUUUGUUUUGUCUGUCCAUCUAAUUGUUUGCACUAUAUCUUGAAAACUAGUUAGCCUUUAGAUUUGAGAUUUUGCACGAAGCUUCAUUCAUAUGAAAGAAAGACUGAGUUCGAUGAUGGUGCAUGUCACUCCAUGGGAUUUGGCUGAGCGUUAGAAAUAUUUUUACAUUUGUGUUAUGACAAAAAAUGAACGAGAAAAUAGCUGAAUAAAUACAUUUGUAAAUGAACUGUGUUCAAUCGUAUGAGAUUUUAACAAGUGACACUUUUAUUCAUAGAGUAACAAUAAAAUAUAAUUGACUGGAGUCAGUGUUAAAAGUCUGUGACAAUAUUUGACUUCAGUGCACUCGUAUUUGUUAGUGUCCUUGGUAGCUCACUGGAACUUUAUUUGAACACUGCUUUAAAAACUGACAUUACGGAAAAAAAUGUAACUGGAUCUUGUGGCAAUAUUUCUCAUGAAAGAUUUCAUCUGUAUGCUUUGGAUUUUGCAUGUAACUUCAUUCCUACAUAAAUAAGAAUGAGUUCUACGAUGGUGCAUAUCAAACCAUGGAAUUUUGCUGAGCAUCAUUGAUGCCCGUCUAUUAGUAGGCUAAUACAAUUUCUAAUUUGUCUACUGGGGGAAUAUAAUAAUUUCUUUUCUGUAUGUCUAUCUGUCCACAGGACAUCUAGAAAAUGAAAUUAGCUUUUUAAAAUUUUCAUGCAACUUUAUUAGAAGUCUGUUACGUGACAUAUAGUGCAGUGUACUCUUACUUUGUAUUAAAAAGAUUGUAACUAAUAAAUAGUUACAAUUACUCUACCGGUAUUCUAUCUAAUUUUACGCAUGUGUUUAUGUAGUUAAAAAUAAUAUAAUUUGUGUUAUUAAAUAAAAUGAUGUAUUCUAAAUAAUAAUUUUUAUAUGAAUCCUGAUUUUUUUUGUGGUGACUUGUUAAAUUAGAUUUUUAGUUAUGAAUUUUUAAGUUAUAAACGCAACCAGACAAGCACUAAAAUCUAUAAGAUGAGCUUUCGCUCAGGAUAGUUUUUCUGUUUAUUAUAAAAUCAUUUAACCACUUUCGUAAUCUUAAAAGUUUAGCCAUUGAGUACAUUUUGUGUCAAAAUGUUGGUGAGGGCUUAAGAAUUUAAUUGUGUUAACAAUAAACUCGGAUGACGGUCUUAAACAAUUUGCUCACUUAGUUUGGGAGCAGAGUUUUGUGAGGUUCGUUUGUUUUAUAGACCGAAAAUAAAAUAUGAUUUUGGAGGUUUGUCACAUAAAUGCUAAACUGUGAUGUAGUUUUCCAAAAUUAUUUUUGAUUAUUCAAUCUAAAAUUUGAAAAUAUUUACAUUUGAUUUUUUAUCUCAGUAUACAGUAACAUGGAUUGGAUAAAGCAAAAGCAUGUCUAAAUGUUUCUUUUGGGGGUAAAACUGAAGUUUAAUUUAAGUUCAACAGCUCUUAAUAAAUGUCCUACAUUUUAUUGACAUUAUAAAUUCAUAAAUUAUUGAGCAUUUUCAUCCGUUUUGAAUUUGUUUUUUAAAUGUUGCUUUUAGUGAAACGGAAGAAGCUGUUGAAAUAAAAGUUCUGUCUUAAACAUAUAUCCUGAUUACAGAACGACAUUAUUGUUGACGGCCUGUUAUUUAUCGCAGACUGACUGACGUAAAUUGUAUUGUAAUAUAUUUAGUGUAGGUAGCAUGUAGUUUUUUUUAGUUAUUAUUAAGUAAUUACAAUAACUGUACAGAUUUUGUACUGUGACACACCGCAGGAAAACAAUUCUUAUCUUUGUUCUGCAACAUUUUCAACUUUGUAGCUAUAUAGUUUUAACACAUUGGGUCCUAAGUGAUUUGUUAUUGUGGUUGUUAUGUGAAGUAAAAGGCAGCUUGUUUAAGCUAUUGGGAGUGAAUGUGUUAAAAAUCUUAUUCUUAGUUUUGUAUUGUUGUGGACACACACUUUCUGAACCAAUAAUUAAUUAUGUCAAACUAUAACAAAUUAGUUAUUCUUCAAAAUCCUUGCAUUUAGAAGUGACCUUGAUGUUAUGUUGUGUAGGUAUUGUAUUGACCAUAUUUUGAUGUAUUCUAGUGUUUAGUGCAAAGAGAUAAAUUGGCUAAGAUUUUGAUAAUAUUACGUCGUUUAUUCUCAAUUAAUUGUCAACUGACGUUCAUGAAUAAUACAGCCGAACUUUUAGGAAAAACAUCAUGAGACAGCUGUUACAAAAGGAAUAGUAUAUUUUAUGACUAGUAUUGAAAGAUGAGGAGGGGACCCAAGCUCCCCCUCCCUAAAAAUAAAUCAGUUUUUUUAAAUCCAUUCAUCAUUUAUCAUUUACUUAUAUGUAAUUAAUAUUAUUUUAUUUCAUAAUUAAAAAAUAAGAUAGGUCACAGAUAAAUUGCAAUUUUUAGACUUGCAUUUGUUUUUAAUCAUGUAUUGUGGUUCCGCAGUACGUUGAUUUAGAGAUUUCAGUCCAAAUGUUCAUUUUGCGGUGUUAGGCUACUUAUAAUUAGAAAAAAUGAGUACCUAUCAUAAAAAAUUUCAUUUGUUCAACAAAGCUUCCAUGUUUCUGUAGUAUGAUUUUUACGAGAAUGGCAAUUAGAUAUGUCUGGUAAAUAUGUGGUAGUAUUUCACUAGUUUUUAAGUUUUUUUUAACUUAUUAUUCAAACAAACCAUGUUUUUCGCAAAAAACACUUUUACUAAAUGGAUUAGUGAUUUGAUUUAAUUUUCAAGUUUUAGUCUAUUAGGUGCUAAUCAAAAUGGCACAAGCUGCUGUAUUGAUACAAAUUUUCUUAAUCAAAAGAUUGUAUGAUUAUGAUGAAAUUUAGCAUGUAGGUUUUACUUACAAAUUUAAUAAUAUGUUUGUAUCAUGGCCAGACUUAAUUUUAUUUUUAGGGUCACUUCUUUGUCAAGAAAUUAAAACUUGAACAGUUUCUUAAAAAAAAUCUAAUCCUGAGUUUAAAUAAAUAAAUACAUUGUUUUAGUUCUUUGGUGUAUUUUUAAGAAAAUGCUUUUAAAAAAGAAAGAAAGUUUGUAAGUGUAGAAAUUUUUUUGAAAUCAUGCUUAAAAUAUUUUUUCUAUAUCCAAAACAGUUUUUUUUUUAUCAAAUUGGGUAGAACGUACUGUUUUUAUGUAUAAUAUUUAUGUGCUCCUAGAGAAGAUAAGAUCUAUUUCUUGCGGUGUGUCAAUUUAGGUAUUUUGUACAGUGUGAUUUAUUUUCAGAGUUAAAUGGUGCAAGCUGAAGACGUGUUUGUGACGUUACAUAUUUUGUACAGUUUACAGAAAGUGUUGAAGUGAUGUUUAUAUUGUACAUUAGACUGAUUAUUGCCAGUGUACGAACACUAAAGAAAUGAAUAUAUAUUGAUAAAUAAAACAAUGAUAAGAACAUA